AUGUCAGGCUGGCCUGAGAACGAUGAGCAAUCGCAGGCCGUUCACCACGAUAAUCAUCCACAUCAUCAUAUCGACUAUACCGCAGACCCUCUGAUGGGAUUACCAAUCUAUCCUGAUCAUCGUCACGAUCAGGUAAUCCAUCGCUCAUUUUUACUUCACCCUGGUCACAAUGUGGCGGCCGCAGGCCCAGACUCAGCCCAGGGCAGCCAUCAUGUACUAGAGAUAGCGCAUCCUGUACCCCGUCAUGGCAUUCCUUCGAUUUUCUAUACUGCCUGGCCAACAUCGCAGUCUCCACACCCCCCACCGGCUACGCACUGGCAUGCAGAAGGUGCUUCCAUGCAUCAAAACUACCCUGAGCACGCCGGGUCCAGUCAACAGGCCGAGACCACGGUACCAACGUUAAGCCUAGAACAAUCGAACAUAUCAUCAUCCCAGUCUAGCGUUACCCUCGAGCCUCCCUCUUCUUAUAAUCUCGACGACAUCACCCAUCACGCAAAGCUCAGUUUCCAACGCGGUAAAGCUGGCCCCGCUCGUGCAAUCUUCAAGACCGCUAAACUUGUCGGCAUGGAGCGAGCCCAGCUUGCCAGGAAACGUCAAGCCGGCGCACCCCCUGCCACCGCCCAAAGCUCGUCCCUGCAAUCAUCUGAGGUUGACGAAUCUGUAAAGAUCGUCCCCGGAUCAGGGACCAGAAAGGUGUUGGAAUGUCUUCGAGGUGGAAUGAGAACGACCGUUUUCGAUAGCUCAAUAUUGCCCCCGAUCGGUUCCCUUAGUGCAACGGUGGAUUCUUCAUGGCAAGCUGUGGCCAAUGGACUCCAAGGAACCGACCAGGACUGGGCCAUGGAGAUGAUGAAUGACAAGAAUUACGUUGACGAAAAGAUGGGAUCCGUGAUCGAUGAGGUAUCGGAGGAGAUAUGUGGAGUGGCACGCAUUUUCACGUAUCAGUGUUACGGACUCGACUUUGGUGACAUGGCUGUGCCGGUUACGAAGGCAGACAUCGACCAACGCGCCAAUCAUAUCCAAGGUCUGCUGAAAGACGGUGUAUUCCUUUACGGUAAACUGUUCUCUGUCGAUGGAGCUGACCUUGGCACCAUCGCAUUCGCUAGCCCAGCCAUCAUCCGAAUGGCUCGAUACUUAUUAUGUGACAGCCCCCAUCGCUAUCACAGGUACAUCUCCAAUGGCAAGUACGGACCAAUACUCGCAAUGGCCGCUGUGGUCUGUGAGUGGGUACUGCACCAAUACGAGACAGGUUACUUUGUGGAAAGCAGGUUUUUGCCGGAAGAGUGUAUCCAUAAAAACACCAAUUACCUGAAGAUGUUCGACAACAUGGACGCCGAGGUGAUUGCUAUCCUUAUCGCACAUUUAACUAGCAAUUCUGGUUUGACUCGAGCUUCACUCGUUACGUCUUAA